AUGACCACCUGCCCCACCAGCUCAACAAACUGCCACUUCAGCUGCCCCUCCGGCGGCACCUGGUUCAUAUGCCCUGACGCCCCCUACUUUGUCGGCUGCUGUGCCUCCGACCCCUGCAAGAACCCCGCCUCCGCGCCCUGCCGCGACCUACACCCUGCGUCCUUCAACACCAGCCUCUUCCCCCAGAUCCUUCCCAACGACUGCAUCGGUCAGACCAGCUCGGACUGGUACGCCUGCAACUUCACCAAACCGUCGUUCCUCGGGUGCUGCAAGAACCGACCGACUUUGCUCGCGAUGUCUGGAUUCGACGCCAACGAGUAUCCAUUCCUGCCCACCAACCUCUUCAAUCGCCCUACCCCGGGCCUCCCCCGUCGCAGAAGCAGGUACUUCCGUGGCUCCAGGGCCGGGGGGCGACCCGUUGCCAUUCCCAUGGCCCGAAUGCCAGCCAGCAGCAUGGACCCCAUGCAGCGAUGGCAGGAAAGUCCGCCGGAGUCCGAGGCGGCGUCUCUCUCCGCUAUCGCGAACGCACUGCAGCGAACCUCCGUUCGCGACGAGGAGACGCGAUCACGAAGUUCAAGGGAGAGAGCACUUUCGAGCGGAAGCGUCGACGGGUGGACGACCGGGUCCUCGCGAUCCAUCGCCUCGUCGACUGGAUCCCGAACCAGCAGUUUCCAGAGCUUCCAGACGACAUCUCGGGGCCGCGUGAGGAAGGCCCGGAAGUCGCACGCCUCAGCUGACUCUGAGCAGCGACGGUACCCGUGUACGUUCUGCUGCGACACCUUCAAGCGGAAACACGACUGGACUCGACAUGAGAAAUCGCUCCAUCUGGACCUCGACCAGUGGGUCUGCGCGCCUCAUGGUGGCUCGGUGUUAUCUCCCCUCACUGGACGGAGUCACUGCGCGUAUUGCAAUGUGCUCGAUCCUACCCCCGAUCAUCUGGAAGGUCACAACCACACCGCGUGCCAUAAAGACCACGACGCGCGGAUAUUCCGCCGCAAGGACCAUCUGGUGCAACAUCUUCGGGUAUUCCAUCACCUAGAUACCAUGCCUAUCAUCGAUGACUGGAAGAUGGAGCCCCCUACCGUGGUGUCGCGGUGCGGAUUCUGCGACCAGCAAUUGUCCUCCUGGGAAAUGCGCGCUGAUCACCUCUCCGAGCAUUUCCGACGAGGUCUGACCAUCAAAGACUGGAGAGGCGAUCACGGGCUGGACCCCUCUAUCGCGGUGCAGGUCCGGAAUGCCCUGCCUCCGUACGUUCUGGGAACGGAGGCUGGCACGAUGAUUCCCUUUUCGGCUACCGAUCCCAGAACGAAAGAUCACCUGCAUCAAAUGUCGUAUAAGAAUGGCGAUAUGCUAGGAAUAGGGUUGCCUGAAGAGCAGGAGCCGGAGCUGGAUUCAAAAACUUACGCCAACUUUCUGGUGUCGCAUCUUGAACGGUUCGCGCAGCAGAGUAUGGCUCAGGGCAUGUUUCCCGAUGAUAAGAUGCUACAGGAUGAGUCCAGACGGCUGAUCUAUGGGGAUGCGGGGGAUGCGUGGGAGCAGACGAUCGCUGAUAAUAUCGAGUGGUUGGCGGAAUUUCGAAGACGACAUCUCAUGCAGGAAUACCCGCUGUCGGAGACCACGGAUAUACCUUGA